AUGCCUGAUUAUGGGUGGCUCCUUGAAAAUCUCGAAAAGAAACGGCAGGCAUUUGCUUGUGAGGAGAUUUUCUUGCCUUCACGUCUGAAAGACUUCCAACAUUGGCACGGCAUUCUUUGCGAAGACCAGAAGACGUUGCAGCAACGUUCCAGCGCAGCUCGUAGUGUGAGGACACGAGCGCGCGACACCCUAGAGAACGUUUACAAUAUCUUCGGUCUGGACUUGUUUGUGCUGUUUACGCAUGCAGCGAGCAUGACCAAGCUCGUGUCUGUAAACUUCAGCGACAUGCUGCCAGAUCUGAAGCAAUGGUGGACAGACGUGCCACAUCCCCAAUCACUGAAGGAUCUUGCCGCAGCUCUGGAUAAGGCCUAUAAUGUCGCAGUACUGGUUACCAGAGCCAACCAAGCCGAUUCGCAUGAUAUUGCGACCAAGGAUUUGCAUGCGAAGACUCUGAAACGCAAGCACUCGGGGGCAGAGAAUAUAUAUGGAGCAGUGCAGACUGUACAUCGUACAACCUCAGACACAGCACUCACGUCACCUGGGCCGGUGCUAGACUUCAAGCUCAGCGACUUGUUGACUUUCCUUGAACAGCACGGCGUGGGCGAUGUUGACCUGCGCAUGAGGUGUACGUACGCUGGCCAUCCGUUGCCGUUUAUUGACAUAAACGAGGGACCAACCAUCGGGCUGAGCGGGAAAUUGGAAUUCUCUCUGCAGCUGAGUGAAGCUCUGCUGAAGUUUGUACUGCCUUCAAGAUUUGGACCGGCGGAAAUAUCGGAUCGUGGGAGUCCCAAGUAA